AUGGUCAUCGUACCAAAGAAGAAUGGAGGAGUAAGGAUCUGUAUUGACUUUAGCGAUCUGAACAAAGCUUGUCCGAAAGACAGCUUUCCCCUCCCUAACAUAGACCAACUUGUAGAAGCAACAUCAGGAUAUGGAUUGUUAUCUUUCAUGGAUGGAUACUCUGGCUACAGCCAUAUCCCCCUCGCCGAGGAAGAUCAAGAGCAUACCGCUUUUUUCACCCCUCGUGGCCUAUACUGCUAUACCAAAAUGCCAUUUGGGUUGAAAAAUGCAGGGGCCACGUACCAACGAAUGGUAGAGAAGAUGUUCGAUGCUUGGAUACAUAAAACCCUUGAGGUAUAUGUAGAUGACAUGCUUGUCAAAAGCGAACUCCCCCAGGAUCAUGUAGACGAUCUCAAGGAGAUCUUUGUGCAAAUGAGAAAAUUCAACAUGAAGAUCAACCCCGCCAAGUGUACCUUCGGAGUCACCUCAGGCAAAUUCCUGGGCUACCUAGUCACCAAACGAGGUAUUGAGGUAGACCCCGAGAAGAAGCUGCGUACUUACUUUCACGCACAUACCGUAACAGUCAUCACAAAAGCCCCCAUAGAAUCCGUGCUUGACCAUGCCGACAGCGCAGGUAGAAUAUCCAAAUGGGGAUCCCAAAUUAAACAAUUCGGUGUGAAAUACCAAGCCCAGACGGCGAUUAAGACCCAGGUGGUCGCAGAUUUCUUAGCUGAUUUCCCAAUAGACGACGCUGAUGAAGUCGAAGGAAUCCCAGGAAUGGAGGAUGAACUAGCAGACCCUCCCGAACUGCUUCGUUCUGAGGACCCAAAUCGUUGGGGAGUCUUCGUCGAUGGCUCGUGCAACUCGGAAGGGUCGGGCAUCGGAAUUCUCUUCACCACCCCGACAGGCCGAAGGAUUUUCUACAGCUUGAGACUUGAAUUCCCCGCCACCAACAAUAUAAUUGAGUACGAGGCGGUAAUACAUGCCCUCCGAGUGAUAAUCGCACUCGACAUCCAAAAUGUACGACUAACAAGCGAUUCCCAACUUGUCAUCCGACAAAUAGAUGGAACGUACCAAGUCUCCGAUCCAUGCUUGCAGCGAUACCAUAAACUCGCCAAGCAUUACAUUGAGCAGAUACCAAACAUCACGUUCCUCCACUUAAACCGAAUUAACAACCGAUAUGUUGAUGCCUUAGCAUUCAUUGCCUCCAUGGAAGUAAACCCUGAGGCUACCAAUGUUAGAAUUGAAAGAGUCUUACUCCCUUCCAUCCCUUUGGAAGGAAACAUGGACAUCCUCGUUGUGGACUCAGUAGCUCAGGAGGAAACUCUACCAGAAAAUGACUGGAGGAUACCAAUCAUCAAGUGUCUAGCCAAUGGACACCUUCCAAGCGACCAACUUGUCGCCCAAAAAAUAAUAUCAAGGUCCGGAAAUUAUCAGCUUCGGUACGGUGUGUUGUACAAAUAA